AUGACGCGAGAAUACCUCUACUAUGCCCUGUCCGCCGUCUUGACGACCUAUAUCGUCUGGACAGCGGCUGAAACUUACCUGUCCCUGACUAGGACAAUCUAUCCGACGCCUCUUCACCACAUCACACGCUCGAGUCUUGCGGCUCUUCUCAUCCCCAUUGCAAUGGCCCUGUAUAACGAGGCCAAGUACCUUUCCAAGAUGCGCACCCACAAUUGCAGUCCCUGCCCCGUCUAUCUCCAUAGUGAGCCCAUACUUGGCCUCGACUGGCUGCGCCUCUCACUCAAGGCACUCGAGAGCAACACGCUGCUGGAGACCUGGCAGAGCACCUUCAAGCGCGUGGGGAACACAUUUUGGGUGAAGGCGAUGGGCAAGUGGAUUCUCAUGACCAACGACCCGCAGAACCUAAAAGCCAUCCUCUCCACGUCCUUCGACGACUGGCCCGUCGCUGGACCACGUCUGGACGCGGUCCUGCCUAUCCUCGGCCCGGAUUCCAUCUUCUCGUCUAAUGGCGCAAAAUGGCAUGACAGCAGGGCUAUGAUGCGGCCCGCCUUCGUCCGUAACCAGAUCGCAGAUCUGGCAUGUUUCGAGCGGCAUGUCGGCCGUUUGCUUGACAUUAUCCCCAAGAACGGCGAGACAGUCGAUCUGCAGGACCUCUUCUACAGGAUGACCAUGGACUCAGCGACGGACUUCAUGUUCGGCUACUCGACAAACAUGCUCACAGACCCUUCGCCGGAAGCGGUCGAGUUCUGCAAGAUGUUUGACUAUGUCAAUGCCCGCUCAGCGACCCGCGCUCGUCUCGGCAUCAUGGCGUUGCUAGACCGCGACAAGAAGUUCGCCGAAGGGCUCCGCAUCGUCCACCAGUUCGUCGACAACUACGUGGAAAAGGUGCGGGCGGAGAAGAAAACCCCGGAACGCGGCUACGUUUUCCUCAAUGAAAUGAUGGACUCAGAACGGAGCCCUCUGUACAUCCGAUCCCAGCUGCUCUCGCUCAUCCUUGCCGGCCGAGAUACGACGGCUGGGGUUCUCUCUUCGUUGUUUUGGGUCUUGGCUAGGCGUCCUGAUGUUGUCAAGGACCUACGAAAGGAGAUCUUGGAGUUGGACGACAGGUCGCCCACUUGGGAGGUAAUGAAGAAUCUGAAGUAUCUGAAUAUGGUACUCAAGGAGGCCCUACGGCUCUACGCACCAGUGGCAACAAUGUCCCGCUCGGCGGUGCGAGACACGAUCCUUCCUGUAGGAGGAGGACGGGACGGAACGUCACCCCUUUUCGUCCCCAAGGGAACAGCCGCCCGAUGGUCGCUUUAUAGCAUGCAGCGGAGGGAGGACUUGUUCGGUCCCGACGCGGAGGAAUUCCGACCUGAACGAUGGAACGAUCUGCGCGUGUUGUGGGAAUACGUACCGUUUUCGGGUGGCCCGAGGAUCUGCAUCGGGCAACAGUUUGCGCUUGUGCAGAUGAGCUAUGUCCUGGUAAGGCUGUUUCAGAUGUUUGAGGGCAUAGAGGCGAGGGACGACAGGCCGAUGCGUCAUGACAUGGCCAUCACGACGAAACUUGCGAAUGAUCUCUGGGUGGGGCUUAAAAAAGCUUGA